AGGCUAUGAUUUAUGCUUCCGUACAAUGACUCUUCGUAAGGCCAUGUAAGUAUUUACAUAUUUACCUCCAUCACAUUGCGAGCUGCCAGGCGGAUCGUGACUUGAUUUGGAAGUUGUACUUCACGCUUUCACUACCAACUUGUCGGCUCUGGUGGCCUGCAACGGCGGAGACUACACUUCACUGCUGUAUCAUUCCCCGUAUGUCGUCCUCCAAACGCAAGGUAUCCGACGCCAUAGGAGAAGAGGAUGCUCGGGAGCGCAGUGCGAAACGUCGAGAAGUCACCCAGGCCGACACCGAACACCCCAUACACAAACUCUCCUACCCCUCCACCUCCGCACCAGCUCGCACCGUUCCGUUCCAGCAGCCUGCACCAUUGCUGACGUUCUCUUACACAUCCGUGCGAGAGCUCGAGUUCACCGACUCCGCGUUGCGAUACUAUGUCCCGCCACCGAAUGGCGCGGAGCUGCGCUACGGCUACGAGCGCUGGGUGAAGAGGCCGGAGGAGAGGGGGCGGCUGGAUGGGCUGUUGAGGGCGGUCUCGAAGAUGCGUGAACGGAUGGACAGAAGCGAGGCGGGGAGCGGGAGGAGGUGGUUGGACGGUGUGGGUGUGGUGGCCUGGAGGGGGGUCAUGACCAAGAUACUUACCGCGCCGUACGAGGAGCGGGACGGGUGGGAGAUGAACGUGAUGGACGUUGGCGGGACAUUAUAUCUGGAAGAACAUUUGUCGGACGCGAAGCUCAAGGAUAAGGAAGACAUGACUCCCCACCAUCGCCUGCAGUCCUACUAUGGCUACUCGUUCGAGGCAUGGUCGACUUCAAGCCGGCCCGGUGUUCGCGAACGACUCGACGGGCACCCUGAAGGGUGGGGAGGCGAUGUAGACACUAACGUUCAGUGGUGCUGUGUCGUGAAGACGAAGUUGGGGGACACGCGGCUGGUCAUUGGAGGCGAGGUCGAUUGUACACGAGAGAAGUUCACCGGGAAGACUAAUGACUUGGUCGAGUUGAAGACAUCUAUGGUCAUACGUGGUGCCCAAGACGAAGCGAGGUUCGAGAAGAAGCUGCUGAAGUUCUACUUCCAAUCGUUCCUCCUCGGCGUACCUGAAAUCGUCGUCGGUUUCCGAACGCCCGCAGGCCAACUCAGCACUCUCCAGUCGUUCAAGACCAUGCAGAUCCCUCGGCUCGUCCGCGGGAAGCGAGGGGCAUGGGACCCGAUGGUCUGCUUCGACUGGGGACACCAGUUUCUCGCGUUCCUCAAGUCUGUAGUGCGCGGUGUCGACGCAGACGUACGGGCAGCACCUCAUGAAAAGGAAGAGAAGCACGGCACCGGGGACUCGCGCGCAGAAGUGGACGAACAACCCGAGGGUGUUGCGGACCGGCCACGGGUGUGGCGAGUGAGGUUCCAGCCCAAGGUCGGGAUCAGCGUCACGUUGCUGGACGACGCUGGAGUGCGUGAAGUUGAGGCGGGCGAGGACAGAGUCGGGUUCCUCCCGAAAUGGUACUGCGACGAGCUGAUGGACAAGAGCAUCGGAGAGAGGCACACAGAGAGCCAUGCUGCUGCGAGUAACAUCGUCAAUGGUGAGGCUGGUGUGAGUCGGGACAAUGCCGAACACUCGGACCGUCAAGAGACGGAAGUUCGUACAGUUCAUCCAGCUACCACGCCUGCCAUCCCACCCGGCUGGGUGACAUAAGAGUUCAUUUCGUGCCACGACGCCUUCUCAUUUGUUGGAGACGUGCGAUAAUUUACCGGCACUGGUAGCUGGCCGAGGUGAUCACUGAGCAUAUUAGAGACAUGUCCAUAGGAUGCAAGGAUUCGACAAUAUCAUGUCGUACGCUGCGCGGCCAGUGCAGGCGAGCCUUUCCAGUGCGGUGAGCCACACCGUUCAUCACGUGAGGUUCUAGGCGGAAAUAGGACCUCAAGUUACUGCUCUACGGCGUGCCACACGAGAAUACACAGAG